GCAGACAUAUGUUCUAUGUCCAAUCCAAGCUCCCCAAUCUGCCCUAAACUACAGGCAUGACUGGCAUUGGAUCAUCAAGAUGUGCUAUUUCCAAGAGAUAUACAGUAUACAUACUUUUCCCAAACACAUACAUCUAAAAGAUCUACAAUGUAGAGAGCUGAUACGAGUUAGUAUUAUUCUGUGUUUCUAUUCUGGUUGAGUUGUGCACAGAAAGUCAAGAGAAUAAUACACUUGAGCUCACUCAUCUCCGUUGGCCUCUAUCUGUGUUUAGUGUUUCAAUUUCGAAUUGGUUUUCCUGAAGUUAUUUCAGUUUCUGAUAUAAAGCAAGUUGAUAUCCUAACAAAAACAAGAUAAGCUUAGCUUUUAAGCAGCCCUGGAGAAGUUACCUUAGCAAUGAAUAAAAGAAAGCCUCCUUUUACAGCUAAAGCUAGGAUGGAUAUGAAGAUGGAGAAGAGUCAUCAAACGAUGAUAACCAGAAUCCCCACUCCAGAUCCUCACAAUAUUAACGUACGAGAAGAAGAACAAGAAGAAGAAGAUAUAAUGGACUCUGUCUGCAAAACCUGGAAACUUUACGAUAACCCCUACUACUUCUGUUUACAGCCUCAGCAGCAUCAACACCAACGAAAGGCUUUUAUUUGGGAUCUGAAUUUCGUAAGGGUCUUCAUGGAAUCUGAACUAGACAAGGCUCGAGCCGAGAUAAAGGAACUCAAGGCAGAGCUGGACUACGAGAGAAGAGCUCGAAAACGGGCUGAGUUGUUGAACAAGAAGCUGGCCAAAGACGUGGAGGAAGAGAGACUGUGUAGAGAAGCGGAGGAGAUGCAAUACGAGAGGCUCUUAAAAGAGAGAUCGUCUGAGAAAUCAGAGAUGGUCAGGUUGAGACAAGAGGUUGAGGAAGAGAGACAGAUGCAUAGAUUAGCAGAGGUUUUGAGGGAAGAAAGAGUUCAGAUGAAGCUGUCGGAUGCAAGACUUUUCUUGGAGGAGAAGCUAUCUGAGUUAGAAGGAUCUAAUGGAGAAGGAGACAAGGAGAUGGUGAUGAAACCAAAGAAGAUACUGGAGAGAGCUCGUAGCUCACCGGCGGCGAGUAGGAGGUCUUCGGAGAAUCCACACAUAAAGAGAGGGAUCAAAGGGUUUGUGGAGUUUCCAAAAGUGAUGAGAGCUAUAAGAUCAAAAAGUGAGCAAUGGGGUUCGAAGCUCGAGUGCCAAAAGGUUCAGCUCAAGACUCUACUCACUCAAAAGACCACACCAAGAUCAAGAAGAUGUGCUUCUCUUCUCUCUUCUGCUUGAUACUGUUAAAAGCUUAGAUUCCGUCUCACUCAUUUUCAAUGAUUCUACUAAUAAGAUUCUCUUUGUUUGUUCGUUAGAUAAUAUUUUCUUAUACAGUCAUAUUGACUUGUGAGUAUAAUCUACAAUCAGUGGAUUUUUCCAUCUGACCAAAUAUCGUGAGAA